CGAAAGUAGCCAGACCUGCUUCUUCUAGUGGUCUCUGAAGCACCAAUGAUUGCACUUUGACAGUGAGCGAGUCAGCUAGCUCCACUUCACAGUACCGCCGACUGACCUCCGCUCCAACAUGGCUUGUGUUCGAGCCCUUGGCGUUCUCUCUAAUUUGUCAGCAAGAAGAUAUGCUUUAACUUCAGGAAGUACCUUGCGCACCUUCUCUUUAGCGCCUGCCAUGCUGGCCCGAACACAUGUGAAUUACGAGGUCAAGGGCGAUGUUGCUGUUGUACGACUCAAUGAUCCCACCUCCAAGGUUAACACACUGUCAGUUCAGAUGCAAAAGGAGAUGACAGAAGUAAUGAAUGAAAUCUGGGCCAACGAUGCCGUCCAAAGCGCUGUCCUUAUCUCCUCAAAGCCGGGGUGCUUCAUUGCAGGGGCUGAUAUUAAUAUGAUCCAGGGCUGCAACAGUGCAGAGGAGGUGACUAAACUUUCUCAAGAAGGACAGAAGAUGUUUGAGAAAAUUGAAAAGUCUCCAAAGCCUGUUGUUGCUGCAAUCAACGGUUCGUGCUUGGGUGGAGGCUUGGAGUUCGCCAUUGCCUGCCAGUACAGGGUAGCAACAAAGAGCAAGAAAACAGUUCUCGGUACUCCUGAAGUAAUGCUGGGCCUUUUACCUGGAGCUGGUGGUACCCAGAGACUCCCCAAAAUGGUUGGCGUUCCAAAUGCUUUUGAUAUGAUGCUGACAGGAAGGAACAUCAGAGCAGAUAAAGCCAAGAAGAUGGGGCUCGUCGACCAGUUAGUGGACCCUCUGGGACCAGGGUUAAAGAGUCCAGAGGAAAGAACAAUUGACUACUUGGAAGAAGUUGCCAUUGAGUGUGCCAGAGGGAUUGUGAAUAAGAAGAUUCUUCUUCACAAAGAGAAGGGCACAAUGCAGAAAAUUCAAGAUUAUGUGAUGAACAUUGAGAUGGUACGAAAUCAAAUUUACAAAACGGUCCACGGUAAAGUUAUGAAGCAGAGUAAGGGACUUUACCCAGCACCCCUGAAGAUCAUUGAAUGUGUGAAAACUGGAAUUGAACAAGGUCCUGUAGCUGGAUACUUGGCAGAGUCUCAGAAUUUUGGUACGUUGGCAAGAACCUCAGAAUCGGCCGCCCUGAUUGGUCUGUACCACGGCCAGGUUGCCUGCAAGAAGAAUCGCUUUGGAACUCCUGAACGAGAAGUAAAAACUCUUGCCAUCUUGGGAGCGGGUUUAAUGGGAGCGGGGAUCGCUCAGGUGACUGUGGACAAAGGUGUGCACACGAUCCUCAAGGACACGACGGUGCCUGGACUGGCCCGAGGAGAGCAGCAGGUUUACAAAGGGCUCAACGACAAGACAAAGAAGAAGAACAUCACGUCAUUUGAGAGGGACUCCAUACUGUCAAACCUGACGGGAACGUUGGACUACAAGGGUUUUGAGAAGGCCGACAUGGUCAUUGAGGCAGUGUUUGAAGAUAUUAACAUCAAGCAUGCGGUCCUGAAGGAGGUGGAGGCUGUGGUCCCACCUCACUGUAUCUUUGCCAGCAACACAUCCGCUCUCCCCAUCAAAGACAUUGCUGCUGCCAGCAAAAGACCAGACAAGGUGAUUGGAAUGCACUACUUUUCACCUGUGGACAAGAUGCAGCUUCUUGAGAUUAUUACCACUGAUAAAACCUCAAAGGACACUACAGCCUCUGCGGUGGCAGUUGGCCUGAAGCAGGGUAAAGUCAUCAUCGUUGUUGGGGAUGGACCUGGAUUCUAUACAACAAGGUGUCUGGCUCCUAUGUUGGCUGAGGCAGUACGAGUGCUUCAGGAAGGGGUGGAUCCAAAGAAAUUGGAUGCACUCACCACAAGCUUUGGGUUCCCUGUGGGUGCAGCAACUCUGGCCGAUGAGGUCGGUAUUGACGUUGCAGCCCAUGUGGCAGAAGACCUCGGCAAAGCUUUCGGCUCCCGCUUCGGUGGUGGAAACGUUGAGGUUUUAAAGACCAUGGUGGACCUGGGAUUUAAAGGUCGCAAAUCAGGAAAGGGCUGCUAUGUCUACGAGGCUGGAAGGAAAGUCAAAGAAGUCAACCCUGAAAUUGGAGACAUCAUUGAGAAAUACAGGAUGACCCCAAAUCCCGCAGUCUCGUCAGACUCGGAUGUGCAGUACAGGCUAGUGUCUCGGUUCGUCAAUGAAGCCGUGCUGUGCUUGCAAGACGGCAUCUUGAACAACCCGCUAGAAGGAGACAUCGGAGCUGUGUUUGGGCUGGGAUUCCCCCCUUGCCUUGGAGGACCUUUCCGUUUCGUGGACUGCUUCGGCGCCGACAAACUUGUGGAGAAGAUGAGGCAGUAUGAAGCCAUCUACGGAAAUCAGUUCACGCCAUGCCAACUCCUACUGGAUCACGCAAAGGAUUCCAGCAAGAAAUUCCACAAGUGACCGCAUCACCACGCGUGCCAGUAGCUGAUAAUGAAACUCCGGUCUACCACUAAGAUGUGCCUAACACUGAUAGCAAGCGUGGGGACAAACCUGCUGAAAACACACUUUGACAGUUUAUUGGGUACACCUUACCACAGGGGGGGUGUCCGAUACACGAGUCCUGCAGUAAUAUCCGUCAUCAUGACAGCCUUAACCUUCAGAUGAGGAUGUAUUUGACCCCCCCCUCAACUGUUUUCAUUCGAGGUGGGCUAUUACAGCCUUUUACUCGGGUGCACCUAAUAAACUCGAUAUUGAAUGAAUAGCAGCAAAGUGGAAAUUUUUAUUUUUUACUUAAUAUUUGCUUGAUGUAUAGACAAAGGGGCAUAUGGAGGCAAAUUAUUUACACAUUACGACUGUAAAGAAAGCAAAUGAAAUAGAAUUUAACUCAGACUAGCAAGUAAGUUCUUGAAAACUGAUGAAUGUCUGAAGGUGGGGUUUAUCAAGUGUCUCUCUGGGGUUUUUUUGUACAUUAAAGGCUUUCUUGCUCAGUUUGGCAAAUGAUGUAAAAGUACACCUUCAAUAAAGAUUUGUAAGUGAAAAAUUCCUCUUUCUUUUCAUUUUCUUUUAUGCUUGUGGAAGGGGAGU